CAUCCUAGUAAGGUAUUUCGUAAAAACUUGGUAGUUUUAUUUUUCGAUGUUUGCAAAUGUUGUAUAUUCCCUUUAAUAUGCCAUAGAGGCAAUUCCAGCGUUAUGAAAGAAGUGUUAUGUCCAUGACAGAGUCAAUUAACCAUGAGAUUGUAAUGAAAAUAGCCCCUCGUCAUUACCUUCCUCCCAGCCUUCUACUUUUUGGUUUAGCCUGCCCCUCUCAUCCAUCACACCCCUGAGCUGAGUGUGUAUCAGUCCAGCCAGGCAUGCAUUUGCAUAAAAGCUUUUGUUAGCCCAAUGUGCAUGGAAUUUAAAAAUAGUCAAGUGUGCUUCAGUCUGCUGGGUGCUGUGCUAGAAAUAGGGUGUCUGUGGAAGUCUGAUGAUUAUUGAAUGACAGGCAACAGCCAUGGAUGCACUUUAGCAAACUUGACGCAUGUUUGACUGAAAGCCAGAGUAUCAUGACCUAUGACCUUAAGCAGAUCACAUGGAAUAUGGACCCCAUCGUGUUUGUUUCUGCGCAAAAGCCGUCCCCAUUUUGCCCGAAAUUACAGGAUAACUACAUGUCUGAAGCGUGUACACAUGUGAAGAUGGCACAACUACAUUUUCCCACCCAGGCCAUGGCGGAGCUGGAGUUGAAUGGUAAUCCUCAUCAGGAGCCGACGGACGAGGGAUUCUUCGCAACUUCGGACAUCGCCGAAAGGCCGCUGAAGGACAUGAUACGGACGGGAGAGUGGGACGACAUAUUAAAGGAACAGGCAUCCACCACCAACACGGUGUCUCUGUCCCGAUGCGAGCUCAGUAAUCUUCCGAGCGCCCUGCCGUCUCUGGUACAGCUGACUAGACUCUACCUCACCUACAACAACCUUAGGGACCUACCCGACGAGUUCGAGCGGUUGAGGAACUUGACGAUCCUGAAUAUUGGCUUCAACGAGUUCGAAUCCAUCCCGUCCGCCAUAUUCCGACUGGACAAUCUCCAGGUGCUGUUCGUGAAGAGCAAUCAGCUGACGUCAAUCGGUGAUGGAAUUCGACAUUUGACCAACCUGGAAGAGUUGUAUCUGAACAACAACAAAAUUGGCGUGUUCCCCGAGUCUCUCUGCAGGAUGGCCAACCUACGGCUGUUGACAAUGGCCAAUAAUGCUAUCCAGACCAUUCCCACCAAUAUAAAAGGCAUGAAGGGCUUAAAAGUGUUGAAGAUGCGCUCGAACCAGCUGACAAAAAUUCCGGAUGAAUUCGGCGAGCUGAAGGCUCUGGAUAUUGCCUGCUUCGCUCAGAACAUGAUCGACAUCUUCCCAUUCGACAAAGUUGACGACAUGCGCAAUUUGCGCGACCUGUGCUUGUACGCUAACCGGCUGAGAGAUAAGAACCUGCUGGAGAGAUGCAUGUAUCAGAUGGAGGAGCGUGGAGGGCUGUUCCGCGCGGAAGAGAACCGGGUGAUGCUGCCGCGGAUGGGAGGAGUGUGCGACAGUCCGCUCCGCAUUUGGAAGUAUGACAUCGUUUGGUUGCACGAUGGGGAAAAGUCGGUUCAAUCCUGGAUCAACACAAUGUCCGAAAAGCUGCGAAAUAAGAAACUGACACCACAGGACUACAGCCCCAAUGACAAGCUGAAGACCAACAACUUGAAGCGAAGCCGCAUCGUGGCUGUGUACUGCACCGUCGGAAUGUGCGAACUGCUCCGCGAAACUUGCCCAGGCGGAGCGGCGCUGCAAGCGACCUUAGCGGAGACUUUCCGCCUCACUCCCGUCGGCAACAAGGAGCCAGCGGUUUGGGUCAUCUUGGACACCAACGCCGACGUAAGCCAGUUCUUCUACCGUCACAACCGAAGCCAGAACGUGCUCUUGAGACAGGCGGACGACGGAAGGCUUGUUGAACAGUUGGUCAAUAUCAUUUACACUGGCAACCCCUCACCCCCGGAAUCGGCUGCUAACCACAGGUUUUAAAUACCAGUGGGCAUGCAGGCCCGUUCCCUGAUCCCAGAAGGGGGGGGGGGGGGGUUCUUAAAUUCCCAAAGUGGAAUUGUUUAUAUGCGAGCGCGGAGCGCAAAGCCCUUACAUCGUGGGGUGCGGGACCCGCUCUACGGCCCCGGAAAAUGUUGGAAUCCAGAUGCUCUGUAGUCCAAUCUAAGGCAUUUCCUGGCCACUUUCCCCUGACUCUUUGAAUCAUUUUUGCUCGUGUUUACAACUUGAAGGCGAGAUUUUUAGGGGAUGGAGGGGGGGGGGG